AUGAGGAGGAAAUCUUUAAUGGAAGAUAAUGAUGAACAUGAAGAACAACGUGAUAUUGGAGACAAUGAAGAUAACAAUAAUCACAGCCGAGAUGAACAACAAAAUCUAGAACGACAAUAUCCAAGGAGAGAACGAAGAAAGCCGAACUAUUAUCAUUAA